GCCCCUCCCGGAAUAGCUCUGGCAAGCACGUGUGUGAUCGGUGGAAGGAUGGAGGUGGCAGAGGAGGGCGCUGCAGGUUCUGAAAGGAGCUCCGAUUUUGCCGAUGACAGUUUCUCAUCUGACGGAGAUGUUGACGAGCCCGAUGUCCCCAAGAAUGAGUCGGAGAAGGAUGUUGAGCCUGAUGGAGAUCCGAACAAAGGCUGGGCUGAUGCCAUGGCCAAAAUUCUUAACAAGAAGAUGUCGGAUAAGGCCGGCACUAUCCUGGUGAAGAGCAAAGUCCUGGUGAAAGAGAAGGAACGGGAGAGGCUGGUGAAGUUGGAAAAGAGGAAAGAGAUUGAUCAGAAGCGACAGUGGGAGAUGCUGUGCCGAGUGAAACCAGAUGUGAUCAGAGACAGAGAGGUGGAGAGAAAUCUGCAGAGAAUCGCUACCAGGGGUGUCGUACAAUUAUUUAAUGCCGUCAGAACUCAUCAGAGUAAAGUAAACGUCAAGCUGCAAGAAGCCGGAAACUCUGAUAGAAAGAGAAGUAAACUGAUGUCAUCGGUGUCGAAGAAAGAUUUCAUUGAUGUUCUCCGAGGGAAAGAGAGUAAAAGUGAACAGCAAGGGAAAAGAGAAUCUAAGAAGAAUGUGGUAAAAUCCGAGGACACGUCCGAGUGGAACAUACUGCGGGAUGACUUUAUGAUGGGUGCGUCCAUGAAGGACUGGGACAAGAACAGCGAGGACGGUGAGGCGGGUGCACCAGCGGGCGAGGAAUACAGCGGAAGCGAUUCGGACAGAUAGCCAAGUUCAGCGGAAGGGCUAAA